GAGAUUCCAAAGUCCAUGGUCCAAUCUGGGUUCUAAUCUAUGUUGAAUUUACUAGUUGAAUAUUAAUUUGGUGCUGUUUUUCGUGAUUUGUUGGUGUCGAUAAACAUCUUUGGCAAAAAUGGCUCGUGUACUGGUUGGAGUUAAGAGAGUUAUUGACUAUGCUGUUAAGAUUCGCGUGAAGCCAGACAAGAAAGGUGUUGUUACUGAUGGCGUGAAGCACUCCAUGAAUCCAUUCGAUGAAAUCGCCGUCGAAGAGGCUGUCCGCAUGAAGGAGAAGAAGAUCGCAUCUGAAAUUAUUGCCGUCUCUUGCGGUCCGGCCCAAAGCCAAGAAGUGAUUAGGACUGCGCUCGCUAUGGGAGUCGACAAGGGCAUCCACGUCGAGAUUCCAGCUGCCGAGUACGAGACUCUUCAACCCAUCCACGUCUCCAAGAUCUUAGCUAAGAUCGCCGAGAAGGAGAAGAUCGACCUCAUCAUUGUUGGCAAACAAGCCAUUGAUGAUGACUCCAAUCAAACCGCCCAAAUGACCGCCGCCGUUUUGGACUGGCCACAGGCCACCUUCGCCUCUCAUAUUGAAAAGGGAGACAAGGAACUUACUGUAAAGCGUGAAGUCGAUGGUGGAAUGGAAACCAUCAAAUGCAAAAUUCCAGCUGUCAUCAGCGCCGAUUUGCGUUUGAACGAGCCAAGAUACGCCACACUACCAAACAUCAUGAAAGCUAAGAAGAAGCCGAUCGCUAAGAUGACUCCAAAGGACUUGGGAGUCGACAUAUCUCCACGUAUCGAAAUCGUCAGCGUCGAAGAUCCACCAGUUCGUCAACCAGGUGUGAUUCUCCCUGACGUGGAUGCUCUCGUCGGAAAAUUGAAGGAGGGUGGACACAUUUAAAUGAAUUACAAUUACCAACUAACUGAACAAAUUACUACCAUCAAUUUGGAGGUAUUUCAAUGUAAAAGGCUGUUUCUUUUUAUAUGUAAAUACUUUUGUUUUUAACUGCAGUGCCUAGAAAAAUUUCGUAUAAUAAAAAAAAUAUAUUUUUUACAAGUGUUACAAA